AUGAAACCUGUGUUUGCUACUUUACGCAGCCGAUAUGGCCACUGUUGUUUGGGCUAUAUUGACGAUUCAAUCUACAUUGCAGAUACGGUAAAGUUAUCUGAAGCGGCCACAUUAAAUGCAACCCAACUGAUCACUCGGUUGGGUUUUGUUGUCCAUCCGACUAAGUCGAUUUUUGAACCCACACAACUUUUGGAAUUUUUAGGAUUUUUGCUCAAUUCUCAUACCAUGACAGUUACACUAACCAGCAAGAAAGUAACAAAAAUAGUAGCUGCAUGUGAACAUUUACUAAAACAGACGUCAAUUAUUAUUCGAGAACUGGCAUCAUUAAUUGGAACUUUAGUUUCCACGUUUCCAGGUGUUGAGUUGGGGCCCCUACAUUAUCGCACAUUAGAGCAUGAUAAAGAUCUCGCAUUGAAAAGAUCUAAUGGUAAUUUCGAUUCUGAAAUGAGUUUGUCCCCACCUAGUAUUGAUGAUUUGAAAUGGUGGGUCUCUUUCCUUCCAACCUCAUAUCGGACAAUCGAUCAUGGUACCCCACAUAUCACUAUGACAACAGAUGCUUCCCAGGUGGGUUGGGAAGCCACAGUUGAUGGACACAACACACAAGGACUAUGGGACGCCCAUGAAACAACAUUUCAUAUCAAUAUUUUGGAACUAUUGGCUAUACAGUUUGGGUUAAAAGCUCUUCUUGAUAAGGUUCAUGAUCAGCACAUCCGCAUUAUGUCCGAUAAUACGACGGCAAUAUCCUAUAUAACUUCGAUGGGGGGAUGUCAGUCUAAAGAUUGUGAUAAUAUUGCUAGAGACAUAUGGUCAUGGGCUAUUGCUCGGAACAAUUGGCUGUCGGCCUCGUACACCCCAGGGAAACAUAAUAUUAUUGCAGAUAAACUGUCUCGGGAGUUUAACAUGACAUUGGAAUGGCAGUUAAACCCUGCCGUAUUUGAUAAAACAUCGUAUCAUUUUAGUAAACCCGGUAUUGAUCUUUUUGCUAGCAGGAUCAAUCACCAACUUGAUAUUUACGUUUCAUGGAAACCAGACCCAGGGGCGUCAUUUGUUGAUGCAUUCACCAUUAACUGGGCACUGUUUGAUAACAGUUUUGCUUUUCCGCCAUUUUGCUUGAUUACUAGAUGCCUUCAGAAAGUCGUUCAAGAGCAAGCAACCAUGAUUAUUGUUGUACCAAUGUGGACCACACAGGUAUGGUUUACUCGUCUUCUAAGUUUGCUGAUAGACCACCCCAAAGUUUUCAAGGUAACCAAGGAUGUUCUAUCCAAUCCUCUACUGGGCAAUAUUCACCCUUUGAGCCACAAAUUAGUGUUAAUGGCAUGCAAAAUAUCCGGCAUAACCUCCUUAACCUCAAGGUUUCUCCAGAAGUUGCCGACAUCAUUAUGUGUUCCUGGAAAUCCGGCACUCAGAAACAAUAUACAGUUUACCUUACAAAGUGGACCGAGUUUUGUUUCAAGGAAAAUUGAUUCAAUGCGACCUACUGUGAAUAAUGUUCUAAAUUUUCUUCAUACCUUGUAUGCACAAGAAUUGUCUUAUUCAACUAUUAAUACUGCUCGUUCAGCUUUAUCUGGUUAUUUAAUGGAUACCACUUUUAGCGGUACAAAUUAUACUAUGACGAAUCAUCCUUUGCUGGUUCGUUACAUGAAAGGUGUUUUCAACUCGAGGCAACCAACACCCAAGUACUCUGAAACAUGGGACGUAAAUGUCGUGCUAAAUUAUUUGGCAACGUUGUUCCCGCUGGAUAAGCUGUCGUUAAAGGAUCACUCCUUUAAACUAGUUAUGCUGUUAGCCCUAACAUCGGGUCAACGGUGCCAAACGUUGACAUACUUAGAUAUUCAGUCGAUGAAAGAGACACCAGAUUCUUAUGUUUUCCAGCUUACUGAACAUAUAAAACAGAACAGACCGGGAAAUGUAUUCUCUACUUUUCAUGUUAGCAAAUAUCACCAGGAGGAGUUAUGUGUCUAUCGCACCUUGAAGUGCUAUUUGUACCGCACAGCGACAUUGCGCAGCAGCACAUCCACUAGACUGCUUAUUUCAUAUGUAAAGCCUCAUGGUGCAGUUACUACCAAUACGCUAAGCAGAUGGAUCAAACAAUUACUUACUUUAAGUGGAAUCGAUACUUCGAUAUUUAAGGCCCACAGUACUCGGGCAGCGAGUGUCAGCAAAGUUGCUGCCUUUCUACCAGUUGAUGUGAUACUAAAACAUGUGGGAUGGUCAUCAGACUGUGUGUUUCGGAAACAUUAUAAUAAACCUAUUGUAGAUAAUAAUCUGUUUCAAAAUGCCGUGUUACAAUAA